UUCCUGUCGGUGUAAAACCAGCCUAAUACAUUUUUCUACCCCAGAUUCCCACCACAGUCCAACUCCAAAAGAAACAAUUCUUUCAAACCGUGAACCUAGUGGACACUUAUAUAUCCCCCGUCCCUUCCAUACUUCACCCAUCAUGUCCUCAGUAGCCAAACGUCGUCUCCAAGCCGUGAGCCAGCAAUUAGUGGAAGGCAUUCCGGACGCAGGCACAUUUGAGGGCAUUCCUCGAAUCCGCCAAGUUGCAGGCGAUUCCGUCGGACCCCGAGUCAAGGACAAAGUCGCAAUUGUAACCGGAGCCAACUCCCCCGCAGGCAUCGGCCGCGCCGCAGCGCACCAAUACGCCCACAACGGCGCCAAAGCCAUCUACAUCUGCGACUACGCAGACAGCCACCUGGCAACACACAAGCGGGAAAUUGAGUCCCUGUAUCCCGGCGUAGACAUCCACAUCCGCCAAUUCGAUGCCGCCGAUGAAGAAGCCGUCAAGGCAGUCGUUCACGACGCAUUAGAGAAGUAUAACCGACUGGAUAUAUUCUUCGCGAAUGCGGGCAUCGUGGGUCAGCCAAAGAUUUUCACUGAGGUUACGGCAGCGCAGUUGAUGAAGACGUUGAAUACGAAUGUGGCUAGUGUCUUCCUAGCAGCCAAGUACGCCUCCGAGGGUAUGAAGCGCACCUCAGAGGCGAAGCCGUACCCCGGGGGCUCUAUUAUCUGCACGGCCUCUGUUGCGGGACUGCGCUCUAAUGCUGGUUCCACGGAUUACUCUGCUUCCAAGGCGGCGGUUGUUUCUGUUGCCCAGACGUGUGCGUACCAGUUGGCUGGGACAGGAAUUCGCGUCAAUGCCAUCUGUCCGGGGUUGAUUGAGACGGGUAUGACUCAGGCGGUGUUUGAUGCUGCACGGGCGCGAGGCACGGAGCGAAAGGUCGGGCAGCUGAACCCUCUGCAGCGGGGAGCGGUUGCGGAUGAGGUGGCUCGCGUGGCGUUGUUCCUGGGGAGUGAUGAGAGUAGCUAUGUCAAUGGACAGGCUUGGGCUGUCUGUGGUGGACUUAGUGCUGGACACCCGUUUGUGCCGGGCAAGUUGGCAUAGUCACUAUGCAUUAUAGUACCAGAUUACUCGAACUACCCUUAUAAUGAACAAAU